UUUUCUUCUUUUUUUUUUUUGAGCAGCGCUAGUAGUAGUACUAUAUAUAUAAAAAAAAGGUGUUAAAACUACUAGAGAACAAUGACGUCAUUAUGACGGCAGUAUUUUCUGUUAGCAUGGCCCUGCUGUGCCUCUCCGUUUCACCCCGGUUUCACCCAACGCUAACGUUGCCCAAUGCCGACGCUUUACGGUGUACCGCGAUGGACGCAACGAGCAACAAACCAAUCCAUAGUUCGUAGCUUGUCUCGUGACUUUAUGCUCCCCACGUCGCUCCGCCCAACCGGCAAGGCACGUGACAACCCCCGAGCUAUGGAUUAGUUCCAGUGCUCGUAGCGUCCUUUACAGUCCAUCGUAAGCGAGAACAAAGUUACGUACGAGCCGUCCUGCCCUCUCCUGGCGUUGCUGAGCUCUUCUGCGUGGAGGAGUGAUGGCGGCGACGGCAAUCAGAGCACCCUGUCCACCCCAGUGGAAAAGAUGAGAGGAUAAUAGUGUCCGAUGGAAGACCUGACGUCCAAGCUGACUGGCAUCCUCGCUGGAGAGACGAGCGGGGACGAGACCAAUUCCGAAGGAGUGUCAUCUUAUGCCGGUGCUGAUGGGGGCGUUCCUGUCACGCUCGUGGUGUCGGGCGGCUUUGGCGACAGGUCCCACAUGGUGUCCCACGACGGCACCAACCUGCUGUCCACAUUGGCGCUCCAGGGUGACGACAGCAGUGCUGCCACAGAAGCCACACAGUUUUUCCUGGAACAGCUGGCUGAUGGCCAGACACGGCUGAAGACAGCCGACGGCCAAACACUGGAGAUUGACGUAGACCCCACGACCAUGGGGCUGGUACAAGGUAGCGGCGGCAUGCCCGUCUUGCUCCAGGUAUCUCCCGAUGGGACCCUGCUUCAAAGGGACGACGUGCAGAUUGCCCUGGCUGCUUCAGAAGCCCCAGACGAUGACACAGACACCGUUUCGGAGCUGCACAAGGCCGACAAUGUAACGUCGUCAGCCCAGGAAGACAGCGAGGGGCCCAUACUCAAUGAUGGGGAGCCCCUUCCCUUCAGGAUGUUCCUGCAGGUGGGAAAAGAAACGAGGGACGACAACAGUGCCCUGGACGACAUGGCUCAGGCAGGUGCCGGUACAACAGUUGCCAUUGUCACACCCGACGGCGAUGAGUCGGACGCGGAAGAUCCUCCAGUACCUGUGGUCCGGCAUGUGGAGCGACUCGAGGACUUCAUGGACGUGGUGACGACGUAUCGGUGCAAGUUCUGCCGUUUCUCGUGUGCCUGGCGGUCGGGACUUAUGUCCCACUUUCGGAGCUGCCACAUAGCUGCUCCUCAGGAGAACAGUGCUGCACUGCCGACAACGACACUGGCGAGAUCAGGCAGUCUGAUUACAAACACACUGCCACCCGAAGAGCCAGCACCACUGCACUUGCCUGAGCUCCCACCAGUGACGGCCGUAGCACACCCUCCAGCAAUGCCUGCGGCAGAUGCCUUGGUCAGUCCACCCACGGACCGUCCGUUGAACUCAUCGGCAGACCCUCCUGCAGUAGAAAUCUCCUCCGUCUUGGAGAACAGCCUGAGGAAUUCAGCCUGCAUUGGCGGCGAAGCGCUUGGCCUUGGCGCGGCCAGCGAGGCCAACGUCGAAGAAGGUCAGCUGGGCCCGGCGCAGGAACGGCACAUCUUCAUCUGCGGCCAGUGCAGUCAAGGAUUCGGAUCAUUGGAUGCGUGCAAGGAACACAUGAUUGAGGCACACGACCUGAAGGUUGACGAAGACGCUGGCGUGGAGCCCAGGAAGGCGCCCUCAGGACGCAAGCGGGGCCGUGCCCGUUCCACGGCCCUACCGACCAGCCUAGACGCCGGUACCGCGUCGGGCGCCAACGCUGGUGCAGGGGCCUUCAAUCCCAAGCAAGAGAUGGCCGCACUAGCGGGCACACUGGAAUCUGUUGACGGAGACCUGGAGGAUGGAGCUGAUGGUCUGGUCAAGCGGAAAGUGAGAGCCCCAAAGUCUCUGGAUGAUGACUACCUGGCCACGCCUGCGAAAAAAAAGCGCACCAAGAAAGAAAACGCAUCGGAACAACUUUACCGGUGUGGCGAGCGCAGCUGCGGGUACCGGUUCCGAACUGAGGAAAGCCUCGAAUACCAUGUGCGUUGCCACGCACCGGCGGGCACUCCUGGGGGCCGUCUGUACCAGUGCCCCGAGUGUGGUGAGCAGCGAGACCACUGGCGUAGCCUGGCCAUGCACCUGUGGAGGAGCCACAUGCUGGACUUAGACCUGCACAGGUGUAACCAGUGUGGCUACCGAACGUUUAGCACCUUCAAGCUCGAGAAUCAUGCACGCAUCCACAGUGAAGAACGGGACUUCACGUGUGCCCAGUGUGGGAAGGGCUUCAAGCAGUUGUCGCAGUUGCGCAACCACCAUGUUGUGCACCUGGAUCGCAAGAACACGCCGCACAAGCGCUGGUACAGCCAGCAGACGUGCGAUUUGUGCCAACGCACUUUCUCCGACUCAAAAUGCCUUCGCAAACACCACCAGGCAGUUCAUGGCAAGGUGAAGCCGUACGUAUGCUCCUUCUGCGGACACAUGUCAGCCCGCAAGGCCAUGCUUCAGCUGCACCUGCGGCAGCACACCGGCGAGAAGCCAUUUGCGUGCCACCAAUGUGAAUACCGCACAGGUGACCACAAUUCGUUGCGGCGCCACAAGAUGCGCCAUACUGGCACCAAGCCUUACAAGUGCCCCCACUGCCCCUACGCCUGCAUUCAGGCCAUCUCGUACAAGAUGCACAUGAAGAAUAAGCACCCAGGUCUGGAGGGCCUGUUUGCAUGUAGCCUUUGUAACUUCCGCUCUGUGAGCAAGGAGAACUUCACCAACCACAUGUCAGACCACAAGCGUGGCAUCCUGGCAACCUCAGCCAACAUUGGAGUUGCUGCCACAAGCGUUUCUGUGGACGGGCAAUCACUGCAGCUGCCCGAGGGGACACUGCAGCAGUUGGAAGGCAUCCUGCCAGGGAACCUCAAUGCUGCACAGCUCAUCUACAGUUGCCUGAGCGCUUUGCAACAAGAAGGAGGUCCUGCCAACCUGCCUCCGGGAGUAACCACUUACUCGGCAGGAGACGGCACUCAGACUAUUACAAUUCAGGUACCGCCUUCAGUGGUGGGCGGUGGGGGUGACGGCGGCAGCCCUUCCCUUCUGGGGCCUCCGUCAGAACAGGACCAAUUCUACCUGACGGUGCAACAACAGGAAGAUGGCAGCAUGGCGUACCUGAGUGGCGAAGGACUCUCGCAAGGGGACGUUGAGGACGACCCUGAGGGCCUCAAGAUUAACUCUGUGCACACUUCUGGGGGCAGGUAGUGGCACCCCCUGCCCACAAGCUCCCCUUCCCUGUCUUUUUCGUUUUGGGAUCUUAAAAAUUGGACAAAGGAAAGAAAAGUUUGAAUUGGGUGCCAGAGCUGGCGGCCCUGAUUUUGGAGUUCUGUACUUUCCUUGUUUUUGGUUUGCGGCACUUUUGCCCGAGUCCAUGCCACACUCUCUCGUAAGGGAGUUAGUAAUGUCUAUUUUGUUUUUAUUGUAUCGAUGGAGGUAGCGAUUCCUGGUUCCACAAUUGUGUUAAUAUUGAGCAUUGUUGACUCUAUUUUGGUCUCUCUACAGCGGUGUAGCUGGUCAUGGCGAUUCAAGAUUUUGUUGUGGUUGCUCUCAUCGAGGAAUGAGCUACGUUAUUUUGUAUAUCUUGUUUUUCUUGAUGUUCAAACUUGUGUAGGGUCCUUAUGGGUUACAGAAGAAAAAUAUAAGUUGGUCCUUUCCUUAUUAUUAUUAGUAGGUAGACAGCUUGACCUGCUAGAUGGAGUUUGUCUAAACAGCUUUCUUUGAAUUGUGUAGGCCUAUGUCAGACCGAUUCCACUAAAAGUUCUUACAGCGUCAGUACCGCAAAAUUCCCGUAAGGACGCCCACCCAAAAUUAAGGAAUACAUGGUGAAAACAUGAGGCGGGCUAUCUUUGGGGAUGAGACUGCAAAACCUUAUCAAAAAUUAAUUAUCAACAUCGGGGUACCCACUGCAAACCAUGUGGCACGGGAACUGAUACCACAAAUUCCGGACACAGCAGAUUCGCCUAUCGUGGUGCGAUAAACACGGAGAAACCUGCCGCAAACUUGCAUGCCACGGGAACUGAUAUCGCGCUCACAGAUCAUGGGCAAAAAACGUGGGAGCCCGCUACAAACUCUCACGUCAUGGGAACAGACGUCACAAGAACUGAUAUCACGCAUGUAGAUCGCGGACAAAAACCCACUGCAAUCUCGCUUGUCGCAUGUACUGGUACUGCAGAUGUGCAGUUGAUUGUGCGAUUCCCGUCGGAGAUCAAGCGAUGACGGAUAAAAAUUGGGGGUGUGGGCGAUGUUUCAGUAUUUUUAUGUUGUGGAUAUUUAGCCAGAAAAACGGGAUAGGCGAUCUCUUUGGGGAGGGCAUUCGUACAAGAUUUUAUGGCAGUGGCUUGUACAAAUUUUGAAUAGAAAUGGAAAGUGCUUGGCAUUUGACAAAUGCAUGACCAUAGCCUCCUCUAUACUGACAAAGCGUGGCAGAUCGCCACGAGACGCAGCCGCCGAAAGUGAAAAGGUAGAGCGGCAGACAAGAGGCAUGUAACGGACACCCCGCUGCGGCGAGACGCCGAAACACACUUGUCCCGAGCAACGGAAUGUCCGCUCACGUUCCUUGCGCUACCGCUUCUUUUCUCAUCGGGUUUGAAAGCCAUGUUUCGGGUACUCGCCACUGCAAAAGCUGUGCACUGCUACAGGCGCCCCGAGAAAUGCUCUGUGCUACCAGAUCCUCGCGCUCCAAAUCUGCGACCGGGCACUCUAUGGCUCCGUCAUCGAACUGCCAGGCUUUGUGAGAGGAGGCUAUGGCACAACUCACUUUUACUACCUUGCAAAAUGCCAGUAUAGUGAUAGGGAUAAUUACCUUACUGGCUGAGGAGAGCUGCAUAACUGUAUGGUACUAUAAUCACCGCUCACUAACCGUACAGCACGGUACACGUACCGCUCACAGACAUGCGAAAAAAAAAAUUUGCAGCAUAUUUUUUGCAAGUGUCCAAGCAGUCGGUUUGCAAAAGCCACCAGCCAAGUUUUUUUUAAUUUAUUUCCACUUGAAUAUUGUAAACGACUUAAUUUUCACGAGGACCCAAUUUUCGUGAAUUUCGGGACUCGCCUACAAUUCGCAAAAAAUGGGUCCUGUGAACGGUUCCGUUAAAAUGUAAACACAUUAGAAUCUAUAUUGAGAUCCAACCGCGUUGCAAAAAUUAGAACCCACGAAUUAUUCCAAAUUUUAAGCUUUUACCUAAAUCGCGAAAAAUAAGUCAUUUACAGUAUUUCCAAAAGUAGGAAAAUGUUCUCAAUUGCAUGCUUUUCUUCAGUGACCACAAUAUUUUUCUUCCCUAAACACAGGGAAGCUAUAAAUUAAUUUGCCAAGAAAGAAGUGAAAUACAGCGGUUUCGGCUGUCUGCCUGGGGACACCUCUUCCUUUUCUCUAAAGCAUAAAAAUACUUCACAACAAACCGGUUGUUUUAUACCGGUCUUUUGACGAGCAUGUUUACAGAAGAAAGAUCUAUUAGCCAUUUCGUGUUUUACCCAUAUUUGAUUGCAAAACGCCUGAAUUCAACAAUCUAAUGGAACUUUCACAUCCCUAGUCAUUGCCAUUUGAUCAUUUCCUUAACCCUCAAAUUGUUUUGGUGCUAUACAUUUGAAUCCAAGUCAGUGUUCCCUGCAUUUGUAAAGCAACUUCUAGAUAGUGUGCAUAGGCCAAACGGUGCAAACUAGAUUCAUUCGAUAAACUGUUGCAAUAAGCAGCUUUGUACAGAUGCCUGUAACUACUUCCAUGUGAAUAGAAUGUCUGGUUUGUGGUGACUGGUUUUUUGAAGUCAUGUUUUUAUGUCAAUUGUGCAUCCUAAAUGCAGCUACCUAUUAGGUCCUGCUCAUGUAGAAGUGGAACUCCAUGACUGUUCAAUCAGCUUGGUCCAGUAUGCUUGCACUGCUGCAUUUGUAUGGGUAUUCGAACCACAAUACUAUUGAACCAACAUUGCUUAUUGAAAUAACAGAUAAUAGAACAACUUUGCUUUUGGUGUGUUGAUUUUCAUCAGCUGGUGCUCCAUAGUGCGACUUUUAAUCAUGCUUAUUUUUUAACAGCCAUACUAAAGUUUAAGGUAUAUUUUUGGAGAGCAUUCACAAUGUAGAUAUAAUCAAAGGGCACUAAAAAACAAAAAGAAACUGAUUUAUCUGUUUAAAUGUUCCAGAGUUUCUACUGUUUCUGAAAUUGUUUGCCUUGACCCUUGGUCCUUGAACACGUAGGAGUCCUUGUACUCCUAGUUAAAAACCAAGGCCUCCUUGUUCACUCAUUCAAAACAAGCCAGCAGGAGUGUCAUAAUCACCAUCUUGCCUUUUCAUAACUGUUUGUGCUGGUAUGGUGAGGUUGACAGUGAAGCCAGUCCAUUAAGUGUGCUCUAGGUCAGUGUGCUUGGGUUUCUCUUGUUUCUAAUUUAUGAUGAUAGGGCUGGUGUGUGUGAAUACUGUAAAUAUUUGUAUUGCAGACAAUGAAUAUAUCCUUUGCUGACCAUGUU